AUGAGCAGCGCAGCAGCUCCUUCUCAACUGAAGUCUAAAGGAAGCCUACCCCAGGUUCUUUCCCCAGUGAAACUUCAUUCUACCCUAGGUACUCAAUCUCCAGGACACAACAGUAUCAAGGUCCUUACUAAUGCUGAAAUGAGCAGCCUUGGUUUGAAUCCUGAAGAUACGAUGCCUUUUACGCCAGAAGCCAGCCAAACAUCUUGCAGACUCCUGCUGAACAGUACUCAAAUCACAGAUAGCCCAAGAAUGAAUGCAACAUCUCAGGUGUCUGAACGAAGCUUGCAUGUCUCUAAUCUCUCUCCUAUUUCUCUUGAAAAGAAUGAUAGAGCACCAACCCGUUUUUUAGAUGAAAAUGUGCAACCAAGAAUGGAAUGGAUGAGCAAAACUGUCACACAAUCUCUGUUUCCGCCACUGAAAAGGAAAGUACUUGUAGAUGGGACAGAACAAAGUGAACAGGAAAAAACUGUGUCUAUUAAAGUGCCUGUUUCAAAGAGGUGCAGCUUCCAAACUAGUAUGUCUGAUGAUCCUCCUCUGAUGAUGAAACCAGAGACCAGCAAACAUCUCAGGCGCUCUCCUGGCCAGAUGUGUAUUUUGGAAAAUGGGCCAAAGGUGGCAAAGAGCAGGUUACCCCUCUCUGUCAAAUACUUUGGUCCUUCUCCUCUCAACAGUGACCAGAUAACUGAAACAUUAGGCAGCAAAACUGCAAAGCCUUCAAAAGGUUCUGAUGUCCCUGGAAAGGAAGCUGUUAAGAACACUGCAAAUGUACAAAGCCCUGUACACCCUCAUGGAACUCCUGUUAGGGAUACUAGCUACUCAUCUAUGGAUGGCCAUGAUGAGAACCUGAAAGAGUUGUGGGGGACAUUCAGUGAAAGCCAAGUGGUUCAACCUUCUGGCAAUGUGAGGCCAAUGUCUGAUGGUUCUUCAACCAUGGAUCUCUGCUGUGAAAACAGGGGGAGCCGUGGCCAUGUGAAAGAACAGUGGAGGACCUCUUCCAAAGGAGGCUCUUCUGGAGAGAGCAGUGCCAUCAGUGUAGCAGUCAGGGUUAGGCCACUGACCCAAAGAGAACAGCAAAUUGGAACAAAAUGUGUUGUGUCCCUUUCUGGAAAGGAAAUACUGAUACAUCAUCCUCAUACAAACAGGCAGCUGACUUUCUCCUAUGACUAUUGCUUUGGGUCUCAGAAUCCAGAGGAUAAGGGAUAUGCCAGUCAAGAAGUAGUGUACUGUCUGUUGGCCCAGCCACUCCUAGACAAAGUCUUUGAAGGUUACAAUACUUGUUUAUUUGCUUAUGGACAAACUGGAUCUGGGAAAUCUUACACAAUGACAGGCUAUGCUGAUGAGGUGGGCAUAAUUCCACGAUUUUGCAAGGAAAUAUUCUGGAAAGUAAAUCUGACUCAACAAGAGGAGGUGAAACAUCGCAUUGAGCUGAGUUACUUUGAGGUAUACAAUGAACGGAUACAUGAUCUCUUAACAUCCUCCAAAGAUGCUAAUGCCAAGAAGAAAGCUCUGAAAGUACGAGAACAUCCAAUCCUUGGUCCUUAUGUAACUGGCCUUUCUACGUAUGUGGUUGGCUCUUUUGCAGAUGUGCAGACCUGGCUGGAACUUGGAAACAAGCAGCGAGCUACAGCAGCCACUAGCGUGAAUGAGAGAAGCUCCCGCUCUCACUCUGUGUUCAAACUGGUCGUGGCUCAGACGAAGAGGGAACACCUGGAGGGAGAAGCACAUGACCACAUGCUGGUGAGCCACGUGAAUUUGGUGGACCUCUCGGGAAGUGAGCGCUGCAAUCUGGCACAAACCAGUGGGCUGAGAACGCAGGAAGGUGCUAGUAUCAACAAGUCCCUGCUCACCCUCGGGAAGGUGAUCUCUGCACUAUCUGAAAUGUCCCAGUUCAAGAGAAAGUGCUUCAUCCCUUACAGAGACUCUGUCUUAACCUGGCUUUUGAAGGAGAGCCUGGGUGGUAACUCUAAGACAGCCAUGAUAGCCACCAUCAGCCCAACCGCUGCACACGUUGAGGAAACCUUGAGCACGCUGCGCUACGCCAGUCAAGCUCGCAGCAUUGUUAAUGUGGCCAAGGUCAAUGAGGAUUCCAAUGCAGUGCUGAUCAGAGAGCUGAAAGCUGAGAUUGAGAAGCUGAGAGCUGCCCAGCAGUGCAGUCAAGUGAUUGAUGUGCUGAAAUAUGAAGCUAGUCUCCGAGAAAUCCAGUAUCUGAAAGAACAACUUGCUGAACGGGAAAGAGAACUGGCAGAAUCACAGAAGUCCUGGCAGGAGAAACUGGCUUUAGCAGAACAACACAAGAGGGAAGAGGAGCAAGAACUGCAGAAAGCAGGAGUGUGCUUCAAAGUUGACAACUGUCUGCCAAACCUGGUAAAUCUAAACGAAGAUCCACAGCUCUCGGAGAUGCUUCUCUAUAUCCUCAAAGAGGGAGAAACCAGAGUGGGGAGUCUUCAUCCAGACUCUGAGCAUGACAUCCAGCUGACAGGAGCACUCAUUUCAGUGGACCACUGUGUCAUCACCAAUGUGCAAGGAGUGGUCACCUUAAGUCCUAUCCCAGAUGCCAGGACCUUUGUGAAUGGAAACCUCCUAGUUGAGGCAGUCACCCUACACCAUGGGGACAGAGUGAUUCUUGGUGGGAACCAUUACUUCAGAUUCAAUCACCCAAUGGAGGUCAAGAAUGGGCGUCGUGCCUCUUUGAUGCCAGCAGAGGGAGCUGAUGGGCUGAGGGACUUUGAAUUUGCUAAAAAUGAGCUAGUUGAAGCUCAGAAGCAGAGAAUUGAAAUGGAGGUAGAGGAAGCCAGACUGCAGGCACAGAAGGAAAUGAUGGAAGAGCUUCAGAUGGCCAAGGAGCUGGCUCAGCAGGAGCUAUGGGCUCAAAGGCGACUUUAUGAGGAUCGCAUCAAACAGCUGGCUCAGGAUACCCAGCAAAAACGCAGCAAGUUCCUGGACCUCCUUGAGCAGGAAAAAGAGAAGCUGGCUCGGGAGAUGGAGCUGCUACAGCAGACGCGUGCCGCCAAAGAACGGGAAAGGAAGAUUGUGUCUGCUGAGAACCAAGCUCAGUGGACAGCCCUCCAGCUUUCCAUAAUGCUGCAAGAAGUCAAUGUCAUUAGCAAGAGCUUAAACAAGCACACGCUCUUCAGCAGGUAUGACCUACCAGCUAUGAAUGGAGAACCCACAACUGUGUGCAUCCGAGUCACCAACACAAAAUUGGGAAUCUGCACUCUGUGGAAUCUAGAAAAAUUUGAGGAGAGGCUUGUCUCAAUGAGAGAAAUGUAUCAGGGAUCCUAUGAUGGCAACGGAGAUAGCCUCUUUUAUGAUCUGACUGGUACCUGGGAAGCAGUUGUGAAACCUCCAUCACCUAGCAGGGGCAGGAGUCCUCUCAGCCGUCAGACAUCAGGAAAGCUACUGGGGAAAGUGCCUCUGGACGCUCCCGUUCAAAAUGCCAGCUGUGCUGCUGUCUGCAAAAUGCUGAUCGAUUCAGCAAUGGAGGCUCUUGGAAAGGAGGAGGAAUCUGGCAGCCUCCUCUUAAAGAUGCUGCUGGAUCUGAAAGCAGUACUAGACUCCAGUGCAGCCAUUGCUCAAGCCUGCGAACAGUGUGUCUACAACACUGCUAUGGUGUCUGAUGAUCGCAGCAUCCAGCCCCACUGCAUCAAGGUUUCCUCCGCAAUAGAUCAGCUAGCAAUCUGUGUCAGGCUUUUGGAGACCUGUGUUCCUGGAUCUGGUCCUCUGAAGGACCAUCUAGAGGCUGAAGUGAAGAAGCUUAGUGGGAAUGUUGCCUUCCUGCUGAACGGCUGUGAAUGUGAAAUUACAUCCAUGAUCCUGGAAUCCAAGGAGCAAAUUGAGCAGUCAGUGAUCACUGUUGCUAGCUGGUUUGGCCGGCUAAUGGUUGCUGUGGGGCCAGAAGCCAAUCUUGAACGAACUGAGUUCCUCCCAACCAAUGUGACUGAGGCAGUCACUGGAGGGGCAGAGAGCUAUAUUGGUAUGCAGAUUGAUAAGAACACAGAGGAAGUCCUGGACCUGCAGCACCAGAACUUGUCUUCAGGAAAGCAGAGAGGGAAAGAUUUCCAACCAGUCGACAUGGUCCGACGGCACCAGAGACCUGAGUACUGGUUCCUCAGCUUUCUGAUUGGUAGCCUGUCCAGAGAACUCUUAGACUUUACUGCCCUUGCUGAUAAUCACACUUCAAAAGAUUUUGGUGCUGCUGCUGCCGCCACCGUUGCGACCUCGGGAGAUGUUUAUGAAUACGUGGACAUCCCCUUGGACUGGUGGCAUGCGAACAGACACUGCGAACAACGCUUUGCGCAGCUGCUCUUUGAGCUCCCGAACAAUGAGCUGGCUUCAGUCAGCAAACUGCUGCGCCCCCACCAAGGGCAAAGCUCUGUCUGGUUAGACGAGAGGGAGGCAUUCCUGCGAAAACACAAACAGAGACGAAUUCACACAGCACCAAUCCUGGUGUUCAGAAACAAAACAGACACUAAGUACGUGAAGGUGCUGGCCAACUUCCCCGUGAUGCCUGCUGUCACCGCCUGUGCCCACAUCCAGUGGGACAACAAGACCCAGGAGAUUUCCACCAUCUUCUCCUAUGCCGUCCCUGCUUUCAUUAACGAGUUCCAGCUGCGCGGCUUCGUUGACGAGGAAGGGUUUGUACGAUUUGCCAUCAUCGUCCACGGACACCACUCCCCGUACCUGCCCGUGUUCCGCAGCGAUGGGCAGUGGCAUCACUUCUGUGUCACCUGGCAGCAGCAGAACGGGACGUGGGCCAUCUACGCCGAUGGGAAGAAGAAGGCCUCUGCCGCUGGACUGUGUGCUGCAGGGCCGCCGGCCAGCCAGGCUAUUUACGAUCAUGGAACUUUUAUUAUUGGGCAAGACCAGGAUUCACUAGGAGGCACCUUCAAGGAGAAAGAGUCCUUCAGUGGGAACAUCACUGACCUGAACGUGUGGCGUAGAGUCCUUAGCGAAGAGCAGAUAGAGAGAGUCCGGUCGUGCUGCCUGAUAGACCAUGAGCUUAUCUUCGGGUGGGGCAGCUACACUCUGGAGAUCGAGCCCGCUGUACAAGAAGUAACAGCACAGUUCCUUUGCCCAGGGCCUGUGGAGCAAUGCAGGGUUCUGGACUUUGGCAGUGGUGGAGUCAGUGACACUUCUUGUUUGCAUUCCUUGCCUUUUGUCUGCCACUACAAGAAGGAUGUGUAUUUACUCUUGAAGAAAACCCAGUCAGAAUCCAGCCCACCACUGAUCAGUCGGGUUAAUACCCUCGCAAAUGCUACCGUGAUUCCUGAGAAUGUUUUCUUGGGCGAUGUUAGAGACGUGAACAUCUCAGCAGCUGUCAAUGUUCUCCAUUCUCUGACAACCGUCCUGCGGGAGGAGGAGACCCCGGUGAAGCCAGCUGACCUGCUUGGCGUGGUCCAGUUUCUAAAGCAAGUUUCAGAUGUCGAAGUCCAGGAGCAGGAACAGCUGGAGAUGCUGGAGCAGCUGAGCCAGUAUUAUGUGGAAGUGACUGGACUGAUCCUGGAGGAGCAAAAUACUGACCAGUGGUCGGAAAUCAGCCAGAUUAUCAGAGGGCCUAUGACUGUUGUAGAGAACAUGGACAGAAUGGCUUCAAACCUAGACCAACUUCUGACUGCGGAAAGGACAAGGAUAGCGAUCCAGUACAGGAACAUCGGGAUCGAAGUCAGGAAGAUGGAGCUCAGCCGGCAGGAGCCCAGCAGUGACGUGUAUCUGGUCCAAAGCCAGGAGGCAGGCGGGCCUGACCUCAUAGAAGUUCCCCCUGAAGAAGUAGAAAGACUUAAAGCCAAAGGUCUCAGCAGAGUCACUGCGAUCAACACAUGGUACGGCCACUCCUCCCUCCAGUGCUUCCUCCCGGGGAGCAGUGCCGUGUUCCAGGACGUGGCCGCGUCUGACGGAGGACGGCGGUAUCUGAGCACACGGGUGGGCUCCGCCAUUAUUUCAUCCACUCUACGUAGCGACUACCAGGAGAUCAGCACAUCUGUACGCUAUCGCCUGCAGCACCGCACCCAGGACCCGCCUGAGAAGCUUGUGGAACCGAUCUGCGCUUUCUGGAACUUCAGCAUCAGCCCAGACACCGGGGGAAUGUGGUCCACUGUAGGCUGCUCCAUCAUAAUGUCUCACCUGGAAUCCACCGCCUGCUUUUGCAACCACACCACCAACUUUGCAGUGCUGCUGCAGGUGUAUGAAGUGCAGAGGAGCUCAGAGGAGGAGCUGACUCUGAAGACCCUGACGUUUAUUGGAUGUGGAGUUUCUUUCUGUGCCCUGAUUGUUACAUUCAUUUUAUUCCUGGCAGUUGGCGUUCCGAAGAGCGAACGAACAACCGUGCACAAGAAUCUGAUCUUUGCUUUAGCUGCAGCUGAAGCUCUGCUCAUGUUUAGUGAAUUGGCCAAAACCAACCAGGUACUGUGCUUUGCUGUCACAGCUUUCCUCCACCUCUUCUUCAUGGCGGCCUUUUCUUGGAUGCUGGUAGAAGGGCUUCUCCUGUGGAGCAAAGUGGUUGCCGUCAACAUGAGUGAAGACAGGAGAAUGAAGUUUUACUAUGUGACUGGCUGGGGCCUGCCAGUCGUUAUUGUUAGUGUGACUCUGGCAACUUCAUUUAACAAGUACGUGGCAGACAAUCAUUGCUGGCUGAAUGUUCAGACCGAUAUCAUCUGGGCGUUUGUUGGGCCAGUUCUCUUUGUUCUGACGGUAAAUACCUUUGUACUGUUCCGAGUGGUGAUGGUCACAGUGUCCAGUGCACGGAGGAGGUCAAAGAUGCUGACCCCCAGCAGCAGCCUGGAGAAACAGAUUGGAAUCCAGAUAUGGGCCACAGCCAAGCCCAUCUUGGUGCUGCUGCCAGUCCUGGGCCUGACGUGGGUGUGUGGGGUCCUGGUUCACCUCAGCAUCAUCUGGGCUCAUGUCUUCAUCGUGUUGAACUCCCUCCAGGGCUUGUACAUCUUCCUGGUCUAUGCAAUCUAUAACAGUGAGGUGAGGAACGCCAUACAGAGGAUGAAGGAGAAGAAGAAAGCUCUCUCGUUCACAAACUGUUCUCAUCCGAUCAAUUAUCUGUCGAGUCCAAGAAAUACAACCUCCUGGGAGACUGGGAAGCUGAGUCCUUCUGCGCCCGAGAGCGCCAUGUCCAGCCCUGUGCAGAAAGAUCCUCCACUGAAGAACAUUACCAACAAAGGAAACUUUGGUGCUAAAAUUCCUAUGGGGAUUUCCUCAGUGAUGUCACCAGAGAGACCGGCUGUAGAGCUGACAGCGUUCAAAUCCUCAGGGUUCUGAGAGGCGCUUUUCCAGGUGAUGCCCAGCCCUGCCCCCUUCUCCCCCGGGCUCUCCAAACAGAAGGCAGGUCCGUGGAAGCCGGGCACAGCGGCCAUCUUGAUUUCCUCCUGGAGACCCACAACGUCCCACGCCAUUGAACUUGUGUUUUUUACUUCCGGCACAUGCAGCUAAAACCAAGGCACGCCUGGGGCAUCCGGGCAGGCAGGAGGACUUCCCUGACCUGCUCCUCGCUGACCAUUCACACGUGACCUGCUUCCCUUGCCGCUGGCGUUAGCCCUACUGUAACGGGCAGCAGCCGCUCCUCCCUGGGCCUUGGUUAGGUAGCCCCACGCUGCUUUGCUAGUCUGCCAUUAAAGUGGGAGGGACAAACUUUGAAAGGUUCAGCUAAAACACCCCCCAGAAAACUGGUGAGGCUAGUAAGCAAAGCUACUCUCCAGCCCCCGGCCGGUUCCUGUCCCCCAAGGAGAGGUGGGGAUUGCAGCCCCAUGUCCUCACUUGGUGCAGGCCCGCUGAGUAAUCAGAGACAUGUAAGGCUGAAAGGGCCUUGAGAAGUCACCAAGUCCAGCCCCCUGCACUGAAACAAGACUACGUCAACCUAGCUGCCCCACUUCCCAGCCAGCUGAGGGCUCUGCCAGCUUUCCCUGCCCCCCAACUCUUGCCUGAUAGAGCAGCUAAAGCUCAGGGGCUUUCCAUACAGGCGCAAAAGCUUAAAUGACUCAUUCCAUGAAAAGACCAUGCAGGGCUCUGGAGAGGCUGAAGGCUCAACAUGAGACACUGUCAGUGGGACGUGGCACCAUCGUGAAAUGGGGGGUGUAACAUCAGGGCAGAACUAGGUGUGUCUAGCUAGAAUAGUGUUGUUUCUGGCUCACUAGCCAAGGCAAGACCCAGUCCUUUCAUGUUAGUUCUGUCCUUCGUGCGCUAGCUGGGCUGGAGGCAAAGUGAAGGAAAAGGUAAUGUGUCCCCCUUCCCACUCACUCAUCUCCUGCCUGAGCACGGCCUGUUAAAAGGCAGCACACAAAGUAGCCCUCGCAAUGCACUAGCCCCCUCGUGUUCUGUACACACAAUAAAACGUUCCCUCCCCUUAACUGCAAUGCUUGUACAUUAGUCUCGCAUUAGCCGGCUUUCUAUUAGUGACGCUGCUGCUCAACCAGAUGUUCUGGGCUUGAUGCAGGAAUCGCUUUGUGAGAUUCUCUGGCCCGUGCCUUGCAGAAGGUCAAACAAAAUGUUCACCAUGGGCCCCCCUGGCCUUAACGGCUAUGAAGGGACUGUAUUGACCACACCUCUCAGGGCAGCGUCACCCCCCUCAGCUCAGCACUGUUUCUCCAGAUCAUGGUUCAGGAACGCAGUAAAGGAUGUGCUGCAGUCGAGGGGCUGUAAUAGUGCGUUCCUGGCUUGCUGUAUGUUCCCCAGGUUGGUUUGCUAGACCAGCCCAUCUCUAGAAGGCUGCCACUUCGCUCACCAAUGCAUGG